GGUCAUUGUACUAGAAGGCAGCAUAUCCUCACUUGUGCUCCUACCCUAAGGAUAUACAGCAGCACCAGGAGCUCACUGGUGCUGAAGAGAUUGUUUUCCCCACUUUGGAUGCCGGUUUGACCCUGCAAAAUGGACAUAAGAGUAGCAGCGAUCCUGCUCCUCAUGGGAACCCUGGCAGCAGCUCAUGGGAAGGGCUACGUCGUGAAGAAGGUGGUGCCCUUCAAUGUGAAGAGCCACGUCGUGGCAGGUGAACCUGGUGCUCCUGGUGAGCCUGGCCCUGAGGGACCUCCUGGCCCUCCUGGCCCCCCAGGUGAGAGUGCUGAAGGCCUGCCUGGCCCCGAAGGACCUCCUGGACCCCAAGGACCUCCUGGACGUUCCAUUGUUGGCAAACCUGGAGCCCCAGGUGGACCUGGCAAACCUGGCGCCCAUGGACAGCCUGGUGAGAAGGGAGACACUGGAGCCCCUGGAGCCCAGGGACCUAGAGGAGCCCCCGGAGCCACUGGAAGCCCAGGACCCGCUGGUCUGUCUGCUACUGGCAAACCCGGACCUUCAGGUCUCCCAGGAGCAAUGGGACCUAGGGGAGAGCCUGGUCUGAAAGGACAUCCAGGUGUACCAGGACUUCCAGGUCCUAAGGGUGAUAGAGGGGUGGGAGUUCAAGGACCUCAGGGUGAGACAGGACCUCAGGGACCUGCUGGCCCAACUGGAGCUCCAGGUGAGUCCGGUGUUGGAAAGCCAGGAAAGCCAGGCAUGCCCGGUGAGCCAGGAAAGUCAGGUAGCCCAGGUAGGGAUGGUGCCACAGGUCCCAUGGGACCACAGGGACCCAAGGGACACACUGGUGCCCCCGGUGUAGGUCUUCCAGGUAAACCAGGUGAAAAUGGUGCCCCAGGUCUGCCUGGCCCAGUUGGUCCUAAGGGCCACCAGGGACCUGCUGGAGCCACCGGUGCCCCCGGUGUUCCCGGAUAUGGAAAGCCAGGAGCUAAUGGAGAGAAGGGAGAGAGGGGAGCCACAGGUGCCCCAGGUGCCACAGGUGCCAAGGGUGACCAAGGAUAUACUGGUGCUACUGGUGCAACUGGUGCAACUGGACCCACUGGUCCUGCUGGACCUCAGGGUCCAAGAGGUUUCCCAGGUGAGGCUGGCGCUGUUGGCCCCAAAGGUGACACAGGUGCAACUGGAUCUCAGGGACCUAAAGGAAAUAAGGGAGAUCAGGGAGUGCAGGGUUUCCCCGGUAAGCAGGGUUAUCCAGGUGCAGCUGGUCCCCCUGGACCAAGAGGUGCCACUGGCGCUACAGGUGACAAAGGUCAUGUAGGUGCCCCAGGUACUCCAGGUGCCCCAGGUAUUCCAGGACCUGCUGGACCCAAAGGACAUCCUGGCCGUGCAGGUGAGCCCGGUUCUGCUGGUUCUGAUGGUGCCCCAGGUGAGAGAGGACCUGCUGGUCCUCAGGGUCCUGCUGGUGCCCCUGGUCUUAAGGGACACCCAGGUCUCCCUGGUGCUCCUGGCCCAGCUGGUUUGGCUGCUAAGGGUGUUCCUGGACCUCAGGGACCUCCUGGUCUGCCCGGUGAGCCUGGUGCUGAUGGAGCUGAGGGCCCAGCUGGCCCUGCCGGUCCCCCUGGUCCCCCAGGAGAGGUUGUUUUUGAGAAGGGCAUGGGAAUGAGUGAGGUUAUGGUCAAGGCCCCCAUGUCUGCUUUCACUGCCUCUCUGGCAACCCCCUACCCACCUGCUGGCAGCCCCAUUAAGUUCGACCAGAUUGUGUACAAUGCUGAGAAUCAUUAUGACCCUGAGACCGGCAUUUUCACCUGCCAGGUUCCUGGAGUUUAUUACUUCUCCUACAGCAUCCAUGUUAAUGGAGCUCAUGCCCUGGUUGCUCUGUACAAGAACGGCCAGCCUGUUAUGUUCACUUAUGAUGAGUAUAACAAGGGCUUCCUGGACCAGAUGUCCGGCAGCGCUGUCCUCUUGCUCGAUGAGCAGGACACAGUCUACGUCCAGAUCCCCGAUGACGAGGCCAAUGGCGUCUUUGCCGCUGAGAAUGUCCACUGCUCUUUCUCUGGGUUCCUCAUUGCCUCAACGUGAUACGUUGAUACAGUAGUUCCCAAAAAGUCAACCAACUAAAGUUGCAAUCUGUUUCUCAAACUAAAGUAAACUCCCUGUUCACUUUUUCCUCAACCAAACAGACAGGCAGUUCACUCUCUUCUUUGAGGAAUAGUAGCAUCUCGACUUGAACAUUAACAAGAAAUAGGUGCUUAGACGAAGGAAAACUAAUUUAUGAAAACAGGUGAUCAGGGAUGGGGAAAGCAAUCCACAAAGUUACCAGUGAGCUUUUGUAAUGGAGACAGCAUGUGAAAUUGAGGUGUUAAACUGUGUUGUGUCCUAAUUUUUUCUUUUUCCAUUCUGUUUCUUUUAUACUGACUUCAACUGGUGAUUCUUAUUUUAGUGUUUGUCUGUUUUUUUGUUUGUUUUUGUACAACAUUGUUUUGUUGGGGGGUGACCAGUAAUCUUAUUAAAAGGAAACAAAUGCUUUCUGUGCAACAUGUUGAAACUGUUGUCCUUGUAUGUGACUUGAAUAUUGUGAAACGGUAAUGGUCAAAUUGACUAUUAUAAUAAAAUAAGUCACCAGAAAAGUGUCAUUCGAAACACAAACUGUUUACCAGGAACAUCGUUAUAUCCCUGAACAUGCAUUAUGUCAUGUAAAGCAUAAUGACUGAAAUAAAAGAUCUCUUAACAAAU